AUGGAGGAGGUGAUGGAGGAGGUGAUGGAGGAAGUGAUGGAGGAGGUGAUGGAGGAGGUGAUGGAGGAAGUGAUGGAGGAGGUUAUGGAGGAGGUGAUGGAGGAGGUGAUGGAGGAAGUGAUGGUGGAGGUGAUGGAGGAGGUGAUGGAGGAGGGGAUGGAGGAAGUGAUGGAGGAGGUGAUGGAGGAGGGGAUGGAGGAGGUGAUGGAGGAAGUGAUGGAGGAGGUGAUGGAGGAGGUGAUGGAGGAGGUGAUGGAGGAAGUGAUGGAGGAGGUGAUGGAGGAGGUGAUGGAGGAGGUGAUGGAGGAGGUGAUGGAGGAGGUGAUGGAGGAAGUGUUGGAGGAAGUGAUGGAGGAGGGGAUGGAGGAGGUGAUGGAGGAGGUGAUGGAGGAGGUGAUGUAG